CCUAUGGGAAACCAGAUUUGGAGAUGAAUCCUUCAGCCUCGAGCUGGCAAACUGUAACUGAAAACGUGGGUGUUUCCGCCAUGCACAUGCAGUUGAUGACAAACAACAGGGUUGUCUGGUAUGACGCCAUUAAUCUUGGUCGCUCCGCACUGAUGCAGAAUCCUAAGUGGUGCAGAAAAGAUGAUAAGGGCCGUGAAGACUGCUGGGCUCAUGGCGUUACCUAUGAUCUCGACACCGCUAAAGUUGUCAAGACACUCAAGUUGAGCCUGAAUACAUGGUGCUCGUCGGGAGGGCUGUCGAGCACCGGAAAAUUGAUAAGCACCGGAGGCUACGACAAAGGUUUUCGAGGAAUUAGAAUCCUGGAACCCUGCGAUUUAUGCGAUUUCAAGGAAGAUGUUGGACUUUCUGCAAACAGAUGGUAUGCUUCUCAACAAGUCUUGGAAAAUGGUGAUUUUAUCGUGGUGGGAGGAAGAAAAUCUCACAACUAUGAAAUUGUCCCGCCAGAUCAGCUUAAAUUCCCGAACAAACAAUUUCCGCUUCGGCUGCUCGAGGAAACCACCGACGGCUUUCUGGAGAAUAAUUUGUAUCCAUUUGUGUACCUCCUCCCCGACGGCAAUGUCUUCCUCUUCGCCAACGAUCGCUCCAUUAUUUUCAACCCUAGAACCGGAAAGACGAUUCGGGAGCUUCCUAAGCUGCCAGGGGGUCCCGGAACUACCCGGCCUCGGGCAAUCCGCGCUUCUUCCUCUCAAACUCACCAAAGCGAAUGA